UCCCUGCCUUCCUGGAUCCGGAGUAACUUCUUCGGCCGGGAGGUUGUUUGCGGCGCUUCUCCCAUGGCUCCUGCCCAGGCCACGGGGCGGCGGAGGAAAAGGCAGCGGCGGUGCAAGGAUCGGGACCUGGACGAGCAGCAGGACUAUGAGAUGCCGGUUCCAGCUUUUCCGGCAUCGGAUUGCACUUCUGAUGUCGAGCUAGACACCCAGGAAAUGGUUCGGGCCCAGAACAAGAAAAAGAAGAAAUCAGGGGGCUUUCAGUCCAUGGGUCUGGGCUACCCUGUGUUCAAAGGAAUCAUGAAGAAAGGGUACAAAAUACCGACUCCCAUCCAGAGGAAGACCAUCCCCGUGAUCCUGGACGGCAAGGAUGUGGUGGCGAUGGCGAGGACGGGCAGCGGAAAGACGGCCUGUUUCCUCAUUCCCAUGUUUGAGAAGCUGAAGCUGCACAGUGCCAAGACUGGCGCACGGGCUCUUAUCCUCUCUCCGACCAGAGAACUUGCCUUGCAGACCCUCAAGUUUACCAAGGAGCUUGGCCGAUACACAGGCCUGAAAACAGCCCUGAUCCUUGGAGGAGACAAGAUGGAAGACCAGUUUGCAGCUCUGCAUGAAAACCCUGAUAUAAUUAUUGCAACUCCUGGCCGACUGAUGCAUGUGGCCAUGGAGAUGAAGCUCAAGCUGCAGAGUGUGGAAUAUGUGGUCUUUGACGAAGCAGACAGGCUCUUUGAGAUGGGCUUUGCAGAGCAGCUGCAGGAGAUCAUCUCGAGGCUGCCCGAGAACCGCCAGACCGUUCUCUUCUCUGCCACCCUGCCAAAACUUCUCGUGGAGUUUGCUCGAGCCGGUCUUACAGAGCCUGUGUUGAUCCGAUUGGAUGUGGAAUCCAAGCUGAGCGAGCAGCUCAAGCUUUCUUUCUAUCACGUGCGUGCUGAUGACAAGCCAGCCCUCCUGUUGUACUUGCUGAGGACGGUCGUAAGACCGCAGGACCAGACGAUUGUCUUUGUGGCCACGAAACAUCAUACAGAAUACCUGAAAGAGCUGUUGACAGCCCAGGGUGUGAACUGCACGCAUGUCUACAGCUCCCUGGACCAGACAGCGCGGAAGAUCAAUGUGGGCAAGUUUAUCCACGGCAAAUGCUCGGUGCUGAUCGUCACCGACUUGGCUGCCCGGGGCAUCGACAUCCCUCUCCUGGACAAUGUGGUCAACUACAGCUUCCCAGCCAAGGCCAAGCUCUUCCUGCACCGUGUCGGCAGAGUGGCCCGAGCGGGGAGAAGUGGUACAGCUUACUCCCUGGUAGCGCCGGAUGAGACCCCCUAUGUUUUUGACUUGCACCUCUUCCUAGGCCGGCCCCUCGUCCUUGCCAACCCUCACGAGAAGCCUACAGACACAGACGGCAUCUUUGGCCGUGUCCCCCAGAGCAUCAUCGACGAUGAAGAGAGCCUGCUUCAGACAGACCAUGAGCGCUCGCUGGAACUGCAGAGCCUCCGGCGAGUCUCUGACAAUGCCCAGAAGCAGUACCUGAAGUCGCGGCCUGCUCCGUCGCCCGAGUCCAUCAAGAGGGUCAAGGAAAUGGACUUCAGCCUGCUGGGCAUCCACCCCUUGUUCAGUCUUCGCUUUGAGGGGGAAGAGAUGGAGCGGCUGAAAUUUGUGGACAGCAUCAAAAGUUACCGUUCCAAGGCGACCAUCUUCGAAAUCAACGCCACCAACAAGACUCUGGCCUGCGACGUCAUGCGGGCCAAACGUAACCGGGACCGCCAGCUCAUUGACCGGCACCAGCGGAAGCAGCAGGAGAGGCUCUCCUUGGCGGCGGAGAAGGUUCAACGUCUUGCUGCGCCGGCGACCACAGAGCAAGACCCAGAGGAAGAGGAGGAACACAUUCAGGAUGUUUUCUCCAGCGUGGUGGGAAGGAAGCGGAAGCAGCCCCUGGAUGGAAAGGAGAACGGGAAGAAGCAGAGGCUGGCGAUGCAGCAGGAAGGAGAGUUCUACAUCCCAUACCGGCCGAAGGACUUUGAGAGCGAACGAGGGUUGUGCAUCGGUGGGGAAGGCACGGCGUUCGAGCAACAGGCUUCCGGAGCCGUCCUCGACCUGAUGGGUGACGAGAAUCGGAACAUGAGCAACAGCAAGCAGCUCUUGAAAUGGGAUCGGAAAAGGAAGAGGUUUGUGGGGCAGACGGGCCAGGAGAAUAAGAAGAAGAUCCGAACGGAAAGUGGGGCCUACAUCAACAGCUCCUACAAAGGCAACCUCUACGACAAAUGGAAAAAGAAGAACAAGAUAGACGAUCAGGAUUCGGACUCAGAUCCGGAAGGAGAGCGCAGAGCCGGGAAGAAGCGGAAAGGCAGGGGUGCCCACCCUGCCCCGUCUUCCCACGGCAGCCGCGGCCCCCAGCAGGGGAAGGUCCGCUCAGAGCUGAAAACCAAGCAGCAGAUCUUGAGGCAACGGAAGAAGGCAGCCAAACAUCGCUUCCUGCAGAGCGGCAGCUUGAAGCGCCUGAAGUCACGCAACCGGCAGCGGGUGCAAGAGAUGCGCCGGACAGCCUUUGGGCGCGGGGCAGCCAAGAAGGGCAAGAUGCGGAAGAGGAUGUAGGCGGGGGCAAAGCCAGGGGGGUUGGCUUCCGAGAGCUCUGGCGACGACCGUCAUUUAUUUGCUGUGUAAACUCUGGGAAAGAUGAAAAGCACCCUUUAAUUUUC